UUUCCGCAUUAUAUUAUAGAAUUCCUCGGCAAGCUGCGGCUAGCAUACCACUUGUAAGCCUGAGAUCUUCUAUGAGGAGAGCACGUCUGGAGAACCGCCCGAGAAUCCCACACACUCUUAAGCAGCUGAACAAGGUCCUCACGAUGAGGAGGUUCAGACUGUUGUCAAAAACUAUGGAUGGAGAGGACCAGCUAUUCGCCGGGCGGGCUGGCAGCGCGUCCAGGAAGACACUGUCCCUCUUAUUUGUGACAAAGAGAAUGCUGCGGUAUAUGGGGAAGAGGGUGCGGAGGAUAUUUUGUGACGCCACUUUCAGUCCAGUCCCACGAGGGAUGAAGGCCAGCCAGGUGUGGACCAUCAGCACUGUCAGGUUACAUCAUGUCGUUCCCCUGGUGCGCGUACUGAUGCGGAAGCGCACCAAGGCAACAUACACGGCUGUCCUGGAGAAGUUGAAAGAACUCGCGCCUGGCUUCAAACCGCGUGAAGUAUUCGCUGACUUCGAACCUGGCGAGCAGGCUGCUCUUGCGUUGGCAUUCCCUAAUGCAACAGUGCACGGCUGCCUGUUUCAUUAUGUCAAGGUAGUUAUUUUCAAAUCGAGUUCGAGACUAAUACAAUUAUUUCUUUACUCACAAUGGUGACGCUUUGAAAGCACAUUUAUU